AUGGAAGUCAUCCAGGAGCUUCAUGACGCCGUGGCAAAAGCCUGCGAGACAUCUUUCGACAAUGCCUACCAGCAGAUGAAAUCCAAACUUGAAGCACAGACCAAGGCGGCAGAGACCAGAGAUUCAGCGGCUAAUCAAGCUCAGCGUAAGGCAGAGACAAGGAUUGAAGAGCUUCAGCGGGAGAAUGCAUUACUACGGAACGAGCUGAAGCAAUGUGAAGUUGACCCACGAGAUCUUGAACUUCCCAAGCGAUAUGCCGAUCUCGAAGCCGAAUUUGACCCGAAGAAUUUGUGGGAGAGCCAUCUGGACGAUGCCCAUCCGAAUACUCGCAAGUCUCGGAAAAGAGUUGAGGCAAAAUACACCGCGCUCUAUACAAGCUUACAGGCUUGUAUCGAGUCUUGGAGCGAUCUCAAAGGCCAAGUUUUGCGACAUAAGAGGAAGCUAAAGCAAUGGAGCCAGCAACUGAAGGAUGAUGAAUUUGCGCUUGUUCUUAAUGGCCAAAUGGUCAAAUAUCGCAGAAUACCAAGUCACGUCCAGGACGUUGACAAGGAGCAUUCACAGACAACUCAACGCUCUUCGAGGAAACGCCCUAGGGAACAGGAUCCGGAUCUGCCAGCCAAAGUCUCGAAGCCUUCGCCAAUACCGGCCCGCAAUGAUGACAUGGAAGCGACUGUUCAUGCCGAAGAUGAUGGCCGUGUGGCAGAUCACACCCUGACAUCGGAGCCGGCCUCGACCCAAUCUAGCUCACCCGGACCCCAGAUGGAAGCAUUGGAAUCAUUGCAUACAACACAUGCGCUGCCCAAUAUCAGCAGACGCUCAACGAGACAGGCAACUUUGCCGGCGCUUUCCAACAGUGAUCACGCGAACAGCCAGCGGAUGGAUGUCGGUCCAAAAUGCCCUAUACAGGUCAAAAAUGAGAUCAUGUCCUCGAGUCCGAUACGAGCAUCUAUCAAUUUCAGCGAACGGCCAUUUGGGGGUACACAAGACCUUGAUGAUAUAGGAGACACAAUACAAACGCCCAUGAAACGAAAAGCAUACCGGGACGCACAAGCUGCAAAUACUCAGAAUUCAAAGGCAAGCAUAGAUCAUGCAAAUGACUUGAAGACAAACCGACAGAGUCAACAACCAGACAGGCAGCCAUCUGUGCUUCGGCCUGUUGACGGUAAUGCACGGACAACUACCAUCUCUGGACAAGGAUCUUCCACGAAGCGCCUUGCGGAUUUGGAAAGGCGAAUACCUGCCAUGGCAGAAGAUGGGGACAGCAUGACCCAUUUGCGGAAGUCAUUUAAAGCUAGCUCUGGUACCGAUCAUAGGCCAUCGGAAGCAAAGACCCCUGGCGUGCUUGCCCAAAGACGCCUAGAAAGUCUGCUCGAGGGAUCGACCCCUUCCAGAUCACCACUUCGCUCCUCAAAAAGGGGACCGGGUCUGAACGCAACAAAGGCAGACGUUAUCCCAAAGGAUGAUCACAUAACACCCAAAAUUUCCAGCCGAAUGGCUCCAGAGAUAGAUCCCGAUGAUGAGCCAUAUAGGGCAAGAUCUCUCGGUUGUCUCGGUUUGGGGCAUUUCAAAAUUAACCCUGCACGAAACCAAGGCCUUGACUUUGCCUACGAUACGGUUGUUCGGAAAAAAGACGAGCGCAAAUGCAUCUCAGGAUGCACUCGUCCAGGAUGUUGUGGAGACCGGUUCCGGGCCAUGGUCCGGCUUGGGGGUCUUCCUGGUAGAUCUGAAAUGGAACAAGAGCAAGAGAACGAGAUUCUACGAGAAUUUGUGGGGGAAAACACACAACUACUUCAAAAUCUGAACGGGCAAGAGCGUGAAAACCUUGUGGUAGAAGCCAAAGCUAGAGCCCUGGCCAACCAAUAUGGGCGACACCGACAUACCCACCAGCGUGCCCAAUCACCGCCUGGCUUCUGGCGAACUGAUAUGCCAAGUACGCAGGAGGAGGAACUCGACCGUGAAGCUGCCAAAGGACUGGAGCGAGAGAAAGUCGAGGAGCGAUAUCGAGAAGCUAUGCGCCCUGGAGGUUUAUGGAUAUUCGCUGAUGAAUAG